UGAAAACAUAUGAUGUUUGUUGUCGUCAAUCAUGACAUUCAUGUCAUUCCCAAAGUUGUCCUCUUUUUUCAGUUUUCAAAGCAUUUAAUUAUUUAUUAAUUUUGAUUUCAUAUAAUUAUUAAGUGAUUGAUUGAGAAGAUGUCAAUCCUAUCCAAACUGUUGACCCAAUCGUCUAAUGGACACAAACUGUCGACAAAGCGAGCGCUCGUCUUGAGCUCAUCACUGGUUUCAUUGGCCAUUUGGCUCAUUAAUCUGAUCCACAUUCGCACCAAAUCAUCGCUAAUUUCCGGAAACAAUGGCAUCGCUUAUACCGAUAAAACAAAAACAAAGACCAAAAUGGAGUCAAUGUCCAAACUAUUGUCACAUCUGAAGACAAUACUCAAGAAGUUAUUGGGAGCUAAAGAAUACGUGUAUGUAAUGGGAAUCGCGACAACACUAGUGGUGCGGACAAUGUGUGAUCUUUGGCUCAUCCAAAAUGGCACACAAAUAGAGGCGGCGAUCAUUACGGCAGACAUUUCUAAACUCAAGUCCAAUUUGGGUGAUUUCAUAAUAUCGAUGCCUAUCUUCGCGUUGGUUAACAAUACACUUAAAUAUUGCAUAAAUGAGUUGAAACUCAAUCUCCGAUACCGUCUUUCACUAAUGCUUUACAACAAAUACACAAAUGGAUUGACUUAUUAUCGACUGAAUGUGUUGGACAACGAGUGCCAGAAUAUCGACCAAUUGUUGACCAAUGAUGUGGAGAAGUUCUGCAACACUAUUGUCGACGUCUACUCCAAUGUCUCGAAACCUGUUCUGGAUAUUGUCAUAUUGAUCCAUAGGCUGAGCAGUGUGUAUACGGGCAUCAGUACUCCCGGAGCGAUGGUUGCCUACUUACUAGUGGCAGGACCAAUCCUUGUGAACGCCAGACGUCCGAUGGCUAAACUCACAGUCCAGGAGACCCUUCUGGAGGGACAGCUCCGAUACGUCCACAACAAGAUUAUAUCGAAUUGCGAGGAAAUCGCGUUCUACCAAGGGCAUAACCGUGAACGCCAAACACUUGUGGACGCAUUGAAUCGAUUGCGAAAUCAUUUGUCAAAAAUGUCUAGAUUUAAAUUUCUAAUCGAUUUCGUGGACAAUAUACUGACCAGAUAUUUGGCCACAGUUUGUGGAUACCUCGCGCUGUCGAUCCCAUUCCUAACCGGACGGUACGGCAGUCACUCGCAAUCGGUCCGAUUGGAGACAUACUACAAGUCGGGCAGAAUGAUGGUUAAAUUGGCCGAAUCUAUUGGACGGCUCGUUAUGGCCGGACGUGACUUCACACGACUCGCAGCUUACACUACAAGAGUUAAUCAACUCAUUAAUACUAUAGAGAAUGUGCCCAACAAUGCGUUGAAAUCGAUCACCAGUGAGAAGAUGUCGCGACCGUUAAUCGCCGGCUCAGGUGUGGUUCAAGUGUGCGAUCCGAAGAACCCGAUUGUAGAGUUCCGUGACGUUCCCCUUUGCACUCCAAACGGCGAACUUCUCGUCCAAUCGAUUAAUUUUACGCUAAGAAUGGGACAAAAUGUGAUAAUAACGGGACCCAACGGUUCCGGCAAAUCAUCGCUCUUUAGAUUAUUGGGCGAACUCUGGCCUCUAUUCGGCGGCCGUCUUAUAAAACCUCGCAAUAGCCAACUGUUUUACAUUCCUCAGCGACCGUAUAUGACAUUAGGAACAUUCAGAGACCAAAUAAUAUAUCCCGACUCUAUCGAAGACAUGCAUCGGAAGGCCAUAACUGACGACCAUUUACUAGAAUUCCUUAGAAUCGUGCAAAUUGAGUAUUUAGUGGAAAGAGAAUCACUGGAUUCGGUUCAGGACUGGCACGACGUUCUCAGUGGUGGUGAGAAGCAGAGAAUAGCAUUGGCCCGGCUUUUAUACCAUAAGCCGUUGUUUGCAAUUCUGGAUGAAUGCACUUCAGCUGUUUCAAUAGAUGUCGAACAAUCUAUUUAUGAAUAUUUAACGAAUUCAGUUCAGUGUUCGCUAUUAAGUGUCACACAUCGAGUCAAACAACUACAACAAUACCAUCAUUUUGUCUUAGAUUAUGAUAAACUGAUGAUCACUGCCUUCAGAACCAUUGGUCUGAUUGUAAUUUACUAUAUCUUCUCCAUUGGUAUCACUUUCUAUCAGAAAUGGUUUAUUAAAAAAUUUCAUUACCCGUUAAGUGUGGUUACGUGUCAUAUGAUCGUCAAACUGGUCAUCGCAUACACACUCCGAUUGAUAUACAAAUCAAUAACGGGAAUGAGCCGAAUAUCGUUGUCGUGGGACGAAAACGUUCGCAAACUAUCGGCCACUGGAAUCGCUUCCGCUCUGGACAUCGGUUUCUCGAACUGGAGUUUUGAGUUCAUAACCAUAUCGUUGUAUACAAUGACCAAAUCUUCGUGUAUUGUAUUUAUAUUAUUGUUUGCCAUACUUUUCGAUCUCGAAAAGAAGAGGUUUUCGCUCAUAAUUGUGGUCUCAUUGAUAUCGAGCGGACUCUUUAUGUUUACCUAUCAAUCAACUCAAUUUCAAAUACAGGGCUUUCUAUUAGUAUUAAGCGCUUCGUUAUUAGGAGGCCUUCGUUGGACUCUUUCACAGCUUGUUAUGCAACGCAAAGAAGUCGGUAUGAAAUCCAUUGCAUUU